CUCCUCUUGUUCGGCUUCGGUUUCGAUUUCUUUUGUAUUAUAUUUUACCAUUAUAUCUUCGAUUUAGGGAAUAAGCCAGUUCUCUUUUGUAAAUCAAGAUCCGACGAAAUUAAACCGCUAAGUCAGGUGCUGUAUAGAGCACUCUUAACCUGAGGGCACUUGGUCAGUCUUGUUCUGUGUAGAUCACCCACGCUCCUAGGAGAAAAGAAAAGAUGGACUCACAUGAUGAGAUAGGAUGCCAAGCUCCAGAAGGUCCCAUUCUAUGCAUUAACAACUGUGGCUUCUUUGGAAGUGCUGCUACCAUGAAUAUGUGCUCCAAGUGCCACAAGGAAAUGAUCCUGAAGCAGGAACAAGCUCAACUUGCAGCAUCAUCCAUUGGGAGCAUUGUGAAUGGCAGCUCCGGUGGGACUGAAAAGGAUCCUGUUGUUGCUGGUAAUGUGGCUGUACAAGCUGGACCUGUGGAGACUAAUAUCUUAUCAACAAAACCAUCCAGUGAUUCAUCCUUUGGCCAGAAUAUGGAGAUGAAGCCAAAGGAGGGUCCUAACAGGUGUGCUUCUUGUAGAAAGCGGGUUGGUUUAACAGGGUUCAAUUGCAGGUGUGGGAAUCUCUUCUGUGCUGUUCACCGAUACUCUGACAAGCAUGAAUGUCCUUUUGAUUAUCGAACUGCUGCAAGGGAAGCAAUUGCUAAAGCCAACCCUGUGGUCAAGACAGAGAAGCUUGAUAAGAUCUAGUAGCCAUGAUCUGAAGUUAAGGUUUAUGUAAUGAAUUACAAUGCUUCUCUUCCUAUGCAUGCGUCUCCAUAUAAGUUGGCUGCUUGUCUUGUUAGGUGUCCUUUGUUGCUAUAAAUUGUUUAGAUAAUGAUUUUUAGGACAUCAUUGCAGUUAUAUCUUCUUGUUAAUUGGCAAGGAGAAUUCCGUUGUUGGCUCCAGCGUGUAAGUCUCGAUUUGUGCUGGUUUGAUGGAUAUCUUUGUGGUUACUUUAUAGUAGUGAUUUCUGGUUGGUAUGCAUUUCUUCUAGUGGUAAUGAAAUAUUGGUAUUUGCAACAA